AUGAAUUGGCCAAAAAUAUCUCCCAAAAAAGACACCAAAUCGACCACGAAGGAUUCAGUGAACCCUAGCACUGAUAGCAAAGACAGAAAACAGCCGAAAAUACUCAAAAAAGUUAGGAGAAAAAUUAAAAAAAGUUUGGAGAACACCCAAGAAAGUUUGGAGAAUGCCUACGAAGAAACCACACAAUCGGAAAACGGAGACGCAAACGAAAAUUCAGUGAACCCUAGCACUGAUAGCAAAAACAGAAAACAGCCGAAAAUACUCAAAAAAGUUAGGAGAAAAAUUAAAAAAAGUUUGGAGAACACCCAAGAAAGUUUGGAGAAUGCCUACGAAGAAACCACACAAUCGGAAAACGGAGACGCAAACGACAAUUCAGAGAACACCCAAGAAAGUUUGGAGAAUGCCUACGAAGAAACCACACAAUCGGAAAACGGAGACGCAAACGAAAAUUCAGGUGAGGAUACGGACGACUCACUAAAUAAAAGUGUGGAGAACACAGACCACGAAGAAUACAGUGAACCCUAG